AUGCUUCGGGGUCUCUUUGUCGCCAAGUUGGCUUUCACUGUUGGGAGGACCAGCUCGAGAAGAUACUUAACGCUGCGGGACUACCAACAAGAAUGUAUUUCGACAUGUGUGUCAGCUAUUGAAAGCGGUAAACGUCGAAUUGGGGUUUCACUUGCGACGGGAGGCGGCAAAACGGUCAUUUUUGCCAAUUUGAUCGACUCAUUACGGAAAUCGCAUCAGAAUCAGCUGCCGGAGGGCUCCUCGCGGCCACUUUCGCGGUAUCACAAGGCUCUGGUGCUUGUUCAUCGUCGAGAGCUUGCACAGCAGGCGUGCCAUACAUUGCGAGCUUUCUUCCCGGAUCUCAAUGUGCAAAUAGAAAUGGGCAAAAUGAGAAGUGAUCCUGACACGGCUGAAGUGGUGGUAGCGUCGGUGCAAACAUUGCUGAGAAGGUUAGAGCGCUUUGAUCCAAGUUCCAUUGACUUAAUUAUCAUCGACGAGGCGCAUCACGCCGUUGCGAGCUCAUAUUUACAGAUUUUGAAGCAUUUUAACGCGGACACGGACGCCACGAAAGUACCCGUAGUUGGGUUCAGCGCCACGUUCGAAAGAGCCGACAAAAAAGCACUUUCGCGAGUCAUUGACGAGAUUGUGUAUCACCGCGGAAUCCUGGAGAUGAUCGACGACAAAUGGCUGUGUGAGGGCAAAUUCACAACGGUUAACAUAGACGUGGAUCUGUCGCAAGUGUUUACUACGGGUUCAGAUUUCAACAGUACGAGCCUUUCGGGUGUGAUGAACACACCCGAUGUGAACAAGAUCGUGUUGCGGACGUAUCUCGAGAAGCGAAAAACGCAUGGAUUCAAAUCUGCGCUACUCUUCGGAUGCGACGUCAACCACGUCAAGAGCCUUUAUAGAUUGUUCACUUCGUGUGACAUAAUUGCCGCAUACGUGACGGGUGUCACACCGCAGCUGGAAAGGGAUCGUAUCGUUCAAGAAUUUCGCGAGGGCAAAAUAGAAGUCAUGAUGAAUUGCGGGAUCUUUACGGAGGGCACAGACCUUCCAAAUAUCGACUGUAUCUUGCUGUGCCGUCCGACCAGAUCGCGGUCUCUGCUCGUACAAAUGAUUGGCAGGGGUCUGCGUCGGCAUCACGCCAAGGAGUACUGUUCUGUGAUUGACUUCGUGGGAGUGUCGAACGUUGGAGUCGUCUCAGUGCCGACGCUCGCUGGCAUAGACUCCGCAGCUGUUGAAGUCCCUCUGGAAGAAGCUACACUGCAGCAAUUGGCUGCUAUUAGAGAGCAGUUGCAAGCCAAAGAGCUAGAGCGCGAAAUGCAAGUCAAGCAAAACCAGGAUCGUGAGAUUUUGGCGCACACGAGGUUUCAGGAACUCGUUCAGAACUCAACCGCAUUUGAUCUUACCCUGGCAACCUACGACACUUUCAAAGCUUUUUGCCAAGCUGCCGCGGGCGCUGAGUUUGAUGGCGCUAUUGCACAAGCGAUCACUGACGCUGAAGUUAUACGUACGUCGCCGUUUCCGUGGGUCCGAUUUUCAUCCAACGCAUGGGCCAUGCCACUUAACGCAGGACACCAUUUGCGCAUAUACAAGCUGAAGUGUCCAAAGGGUGCAGAGUCGUCGCCGCCUCGGUACACGCUCAAAUUGUAUACCGAAAUGCCAUUUUCAAUCCGCAAGCAAACGGGUCUCAAGGCGACACCGCGUGCAAUCGUCUCAAACUGCGAUCUGGGCACCGCGAUGUCGAACGCCGCCAGUAUUGUAGAUCGAUUGAUUGUGCCCGGUACCGGAAGCGCUAACGGUACCAACGGCGUCAUUGUCGCACCUGCAUCAAAAAAUUUCACAAAGUUCGCCAUUUGGCGCAAAACCGCCGCAACGCCGCGCCAGAAGAGCUUAAUACACAAGAAAAUUUCUGCAUAUCUGUCCAAAAUGUCCCAAGAGCAGGACAAGGCAUCCUGGCCAUCUCCCACGGCAGUGAAAUCCUAUUUGGAAAAUAUAACUAAAGGUGAAGCUGCAAACGUGCUCUUCGCCCUCAGCGUUGCACCUGUUUUCCCGCUAAAAAGGCUAUGUAAAACUAUACAAAUCAAGAAUGGUAAUUGA